AUGUCGAGGUUCGGGGAGAAAUCCGCGGCGCUCGUGAGGGACCUGUCGCAGAGCGAACGAGGGACGAUCCCGCAGUUCGCGGACGAGACCGUGCGCGGCGUCCUCGACGAGUGCCAAGAGCAUCACCGCUCGAUCUUGCGACUCAUCGACGACAUCAAAGAGCGAGGGACGUCGCUCGAGGCUGCCGCGCCGGCGGACGCGGCGAGCAUCCUCGUGCAUCACCAGGCGGUGUUGCGGAACAAGCGCGCGCUGCUCGUGUACAUGAACGAGCGCAUGCGACGCGUGCGGGACUUGCGAUGGGAAGUCGGCGCGGGGCUUCCCGACCUCGUCGCCGAGAGCCUCUCGCACGCGGAGCGGACGUUCUUCACCGAGUACAGCGCGCUGCUGAAUAAGUAUCAAGGCAGGAGGCACGGCGUCGGGUUAAACGUGACGCUGGAUAAGUCGCCGCCGGAGGAUCACAAGGUGGAGGUGCGAGCGCUGGAGGACUACGGCGAGAUCGUGACGAGGGACGGCAGCGUGGAGUUGACGCGGAAUUCCGUGCACCUGAUGUGGCGGGACGAGUGCCAGCCGCUCAUACAGGAGGGCGUGCUGGAGCAGUUGUAG